AUGGAGUUGCAGACUGCCGCAAAUGGGCAUGCUGAAGUUGUGCGAUUUCUUGUACGCAUGGGCGCUGAUGUCAAUACGCACCCCUCUCGGUACUGGGGGCUAACAGCUCUUCAACAUGCGGCUCUGGAAGAGAGGCUUGAAGUCGUUGAGGAGCUUCUUCGUGCAGGAACAAAUGUCAACGCCCCUGGUGGCUAUCUCAGCCCCAAGCUGGAUUUGUAUGCCGCUGCGGAAGGUGGUCAUCUGGAUGUUGUUGAGAAACUUCUUGCAGCAGGUGCUCAAGUUGAUGCAAUUUCAGGGAACAGAAAGCAGACAGUAUUACAAGUUGCUUUGAAAAGGGGACAUGUAGAGCUUGCGAAAAAAUUGAAGAUGUCGGGACUAGAAAUGAGUUAG